CUGCGCGCCCGCCGAGACCCAGGUAGCGCAGCGAGCAACUCCCUGACCCUGAGCUGUAUAUGAAUGGCGUCGCCUCUCCCCUGAUCCCCAAAUGUCCCCGGCCCGGCCCCCCCUGCUUCCGUCUUAAACCCUGCAUAAGCCUCGUCCUCCCCACCCCCACCGUCGAGCCUCCGUCUCCUCCUGCCCGCCCGCUUCUUGCUCCUUCCUAGUUCUCACGAGGGCACCGGGAGACCGCCGGCAGGACGGAGCGAGGCGGCGCGGGCGCGAGCAGGAAGAAGAAGCGCGCAGCUGCUGGCUCGGUCGGUCGCUUCCCGGUGAGAGGAAAGCUCGUCGCGCCACCUCGACGCCCAUCGCCACGCCUCGCGCUCGCUCUCCUCCCGGAGCCGGGAGACGCCCGCAGGGAUUGCCGUCGAUCCUGCAAGAAAACACGGCAAGGAAAUACCAGUAGUGAGCCAGAGUGCGAAGAAGAUGAUGAUGGCUGAAGUGGCCAAUCACAGCAAGAGGAACCACACCGACAGCUACUUCAGCGGGAAGGCCGUCGUCACCACCACCAGCUCGGAGGAGUUUGGAAGCAUGACCUCGAAGAAGCCGAGGAACACGAGCCCAAGGACGUCUCCAGUGUCACCGAAGGAGAAGAAGGACAAGAUCGGCGAGAGGGUCGCAGCGCUCCAACAGCUAGUGUCACCGUUUGGGAAGACGGAUACGGCGUCUGUUCUGCAGGAGGCGUCAGGGUACAUCAAGUUCCUGCACCAGCAGCUCGAGGUCCUUAGCUCCCCCUACAUGCGUGCUCCUCCGGCCGCCGGCGCCGCGCCUGAGGAUCCCGAGCACUACAGCCUCCGGAACCGCGGGCUGUGCCUGGUGCCGGUGGACCUGACGCUGCAGCUGACCCAGAGCAACGGGGCCGACCUGUGGGCGCCGGCGAACACGACCAGGCGCCGGUGAGGAGCGAGCUCGCCCACCUCGCCGGGAGCACAGCAGCCGGUCCGGUCUCUGGUCUGCCACCGGAGGAAACCGAGGAAGUCCUACAGCAUCUGCAUGUGCAGGGUCUGACCCCAUUCGAUCUCCUAACAAGAAACUAAGCGAGCGUCAACCUCCGCUUGUAUUAUACUACUAGUGACCUGUCUGUAUGCCUCUGUCUGAUCCCCUCUGGGCACCGUAUAUGUACGAUCAGAUGUGGCUGGGAACCGCGUCUCCAUGUGAUAUGUAUGUAUGUGUUCAGUGCCAUGUCAAUUAGCAGCCUGUUGCCGUCGUCAGCAACUGAAGCGGCAGUUUUUAAGGCCAGUCACUCUGAUGGUGUGGUGCUCUAGGUUCUGCUGUUGUGCACUUGUGCUGAAGCUGAACUGCAGCUUCAGGCGGGGCAGAGCCUAAAUGCCGCGCGUCGUCUGUGAAUGUGGCAAUUUCUGAA